AUGUACCGACCUGGGCAGACCUUCCUCUUGCUUUCUCUACAGCUUUCCUUGUGUCUGGGCGACCGCCUUGGUCCGACCUAUCCCCCACCUCUAGACCUUAGCAGUGAAGACAGUCUCGUUCCAUCAGCAUGGCAGGAAGUCACCAGCGUGCUCAACUCAUACCUUGACAAGACCAUUGAGGACCCGGCUGUCGCGACAGCACUCACCGGUCUGGAGAAUGUCACCUUCUCGAUUGGAGCUUUCUCACUCCACGACCCAGCCGUCAGCGAGGAUCUGCAGUACCACUACUCAUCGCCAUUCACCACUAAGUCCACCAAUGGCACGAAGAAGGUCGAUGCCAACACCAUUUACCGCGUCGCCAGCAUCACAAAGCUCUUCACUGUCUAUGCAGCCCUCCUCAGUUUGACAGAAGAGCAAUGGUACACGCCCCUGAACGAGUGCGUGCCCGAACUUGCCGCCUAUCUCGAAUCUCAACCGGAGGGAGCACUCAUGGCCACACCAUGGGAUGAAGUCACGCCUUGGUCCCUCGCCAACCAAAUCAGCGGCAUAGCCCGCACUCCCGUGGUCGGAGACCUCCUCGCCUCACCAAACCUGACCGAGCCCGUUAGCACCCUCCUCAACAUCGGCCUGCCCCUUAAUCCUGGCUUCCUGGCUGCGCUUAACGACUCUGACUUCACCGGAGCCACAGCACUUACCAGCGCACUCUACGCAAAGCUCGCCGCACCACAACCGCCUACUUACCUCCCCUGGACCACACCCAUGUACACCAAUAACGGCUUCGCCAUGCUUGGCGUCGCCAUCACCAACCUCCUAGGCGGCAAUCUAUCCUACAACGGCCUCAUUCAAUCGACCAUCUCGGACCCCCUUGGCCUUGAUUUCACUGGCUCUGUGCCUCCAACCACAGAAGCUGACAUCGCCCGCUCUGCCAUCGCCAACCCAACAUACUUCUUCACACCUGACGGCCCUAUUUCCUUCUCAGGCGGCAUCCUCUCCACUAUCUCCGACCUUUCCCUCCUAGGUAUCUCAAUCCUCAACUCCACCCUCCUCUCCCCAGCCCAAACCCGCCAAUGGCUACACCCAACCUCCCACACAGCCAGCGUACGGCACAGUGUCGGCGCGCCCUGGGAGAUCUUCCGGUGGACUUCCCCAUUGACAGGCAAAGUCGUCGACCUGUACACCAAAUCAGGCAACUCCGGCGACGCGACUUCCCACUUUAUUCUCAUUCCGGACUACGGCUUUGGUUUCAGCUACCUCUCACUUGCACCGGCCGAGGUAACGCAACGACCUACCGUGAUCAAUGUCAUCCUCGACCUCAUCGUCGACUCCCUCCUGCCCGCACUAGAAGCACAAGCCGCAGCGGAAGCACAAGCGAACUUCGUCGGGACAUAUACCACUUCCGCAGACUCCCCAGUCAACGCCACUAUCAAGGUAGGCUGGAACGAGUCCACCGCCGCAGGCGCAGCCCCUGCCCUCAGUCUGCUGGAAUAUACUUACAACAAUACUGACCUGCUGUCCCUCUUCCUGCCCAAGGACACCAAGCCACGCCUCCUGCCCACGAUUUUAGCAGAAGAAUGCGGGCCAACGGGGAAAGUCGCGUUUGAGUGGUCCGCGAACCCGAACGUUCCGGCGGGUUUGUUUCAGAGUAUCUACAAGAACAAUCUGGACUGGCUGGGUACAGCAGGAGUCACGUGGAGCGGCGUCUCGGUCUCGAGCUUUGUCUUCGACGUCGACGCAGAACGCAAAGCUACUGCUGUGACGGCGGAGAUUUUCGAGGGGUUGCAGCUGCAGAGGGUCCAGGAAUAG